AUACCGGGUGGAGAAAAAAAGAAAAAAAAGAGAAGUGGAGAACGAAGUCCAUUGGCGAAGGGGCUGAAUGUCUGUCGUCUCCGUCUUCAGAAGGAAAACCCGAAAGCUUCUCCGCCAUAUCCGGCGUUCGUGCUUUCCCUCCGGUUACUGCACCCGGCGCCCGCGACUUCCGUGAAGCCUCCGACUCAAGUGACUGGUUUUCCAAGGGUUUGAUUAGAGGGAGCUCAUUCUUCUACUGGAGUUUCAUUAGCUGGUUGCUGGUUACAAUCUAUGGAAACUGACCACAGUGGUUCUUCGGGUCCCAAAGAUGAUGAUAAGCCGUUGAUCGUUCGGGUGAAGCGGAAGGCCUCUCACUCCCUGUUGGAUGCUUUUUGGCUUGAAAUCAACGAAAGGCCUCUCAAGCGCCCCCUGUUGGAUUUUGAGAAGCUGUCCAUCUCUGGUUCAUCUGGAAAAGAAGAGGAACUAAGGACUAAAAGGGUCUUGGUCAAACAUGUUGAAACAAGAGGCAGCUCUGUGGCAACAUUUGAGCUCUUCCAAUCGUUCAUGCCAACAUGUUCUGAAGGGUCAGAAUCCAAAACAAGGAAUGAAGAAAGAAAAAGCACAUUUAGAGGGCAGAAUAUACGAGAGAAAUUGUUGUCUAAAGCAAGAGAAUCAAAAGAGGUUUUGGCAAAAAAUGCUCGAUUUGAACAAAUUUGGAGUAGACGGGGAAAAAAGUUGAUGAAGGAUGACAAAGCCCUUCAUGAAAUGUAUCAUUUUUAUGAUGUGGUACGAAUUGAUGAGAAAGAAAAAUCUGAACAGGUUCCAGAGGAAGCCGUAUCUUUGGAGGAUCAGAGGAUGUUGUCUAGUUACCUGCCCCUGUUGAGGGAGUUCAUUCCUGAUGCUGCUGUCAAGAUUGAAUCAGAUUUGCAUGCGCAUGCUUCCCGACAAGGAGCAAAAGAUGAUUAUGUGUACGAUUACUAUGUCAUGCAAGACGAUGGGGACAUGAUACAGGAAGAUGCUUUCAAUGCUUUACCCUUGGUGCAAGUUGAUGAUGCUGAUGAUUUCUAUGAUGGACCUGAUUCGGACUAUGAAACUGAUGAUUCUAAUGCUGAGAACAAUCCACUAAACGAUUAUCCUGAUGAGACAUCUGAUGAGGAGGAAACUGAGAGUGGAGAGACAGAUAGUGAACUGGAAGAAGGGGAAGAAAAGGAAGAGGAAGAGAGUGCAAGCAGCACCACAUCGGGUGAAGACAUAGAUCGUUCAUUUGAAGAUGAGGAUGGGUUUGAUGUUGAUGAAGAUUAUUUUGAAUAUGGUGAUGGUGAUAGCGAUGCUGAAGAUUGCAGAUGGUCACAUUGAUGAGAUUUAAUUAACAGGACCACCAAUCCUAAUGGGUGUAUAAAGUGACUGAUCGAAGGAGGACCAUGAGAAAAGCAACCAGCUGUUUUAGAUAUCAAACUCAUAUCAGGUUGACUUUAGUUUAUCAUGGGAAGUCUCGAAAAUUAAGUUGUAUCCGGUACUAUAUUCGAACUUUAAAUCGAACGGAAUGAAAGUUUGAACUUAAAGAAAAA